CAGGGGGAGGUGGCUGGGAGGAAGGUGACUGUGAUGGACACUCCUGACUGGUUCUCUCCUGGACUCUCUCUGGAGAAGCUGAGACAGGACGUGGGACUCUGUGUCCAUCUGUCUGCUCCAGGACCCCACGUCUUCCUCCUGGUCAUACCUGUAAAGCAGCCUAGAGGAGAGGAGAGAGGGAUGCUGGAGAAAAUGGAGGAGAUUUUUGGAGAGAGAUGUUGGAGAAACACCAUGAUCAUAUUCAGUGUUAUUGAUGAACUUCAGAGGAAGAACAUUGAGGAGUUUAUCCAAUCAGGAGACCAGGAGGUCCAGAGAGUAGUGGAGAAAUGUGGGAACAGAUUUCACUGUCUCAACAUUAAGGAAAGUGGAGAUGGUUCUCAGGUCUCAGAGCUGCUGGAGAAGAUAGAGAAGAUGGUGGAAGGAAGCAGAGGGAAAUUCUACAGCAGUGAGAUCUACCUGGAGACAGAAUCUCAGAUUAAAUUGAUAGAGAUGAAAAUCCUAAAGAAAAGCGAAGAGAAAAGGAUGAAAGUGGAGAUGGAAGUAAAGGAGAAAAUAGAUAAGGAGGUGCAGGACUCUCUGAGAAAGAUAGAGGGAGUGAUCCAGAAGCAUGAAGGAGACAUCAGACAACUGAAUGACCGAACAACUGAACUGGAGAAAAAGAUGAAAGAAGAGAGAGAUGAAGAGAAAAAAAAACAACUUGAGAGGGUGCUGAAACGAGAAAUAGAGAGAAGGACAGAAAUGGAAGAAAAGGUGAAGAAACUAAAAGAAAACAGAGAGAGGGAGAGGAGAGAGAUGGAGGAGAGGCACCAACAGGAGAUAGAGGAGAUCAGAGAGGUGUAUGAAGAAGAUAUCAGGAUGGAGACAGAGAGAACCCUCAUGAAGAUCAUUCUGCCUGAACUCCAGAGACACAUUUUGGCCUCAAAAACAAGGAUGCAGGAAGAGUUCAGCAGACAGAUGGAGGAGAAGAACCGAGAGCUGGAGACUCUUAAACAGAAACUUUCAGAUCUCACAGAGACUCUCGGUCUGCUUGAAGAGGUUCAUGAGAAAACUGCGAGAAGCAGCUCGGGGUCAGAGAGAGCAGCUGUAACAGGAGAGCUGUCAAAGGGAAUCUUUCAGACAUUUACCGACUAUUUUUUCACUGGGUAACAGAUAUUAUAAAGCCCCAGAUACUUACUCAGUCUAAAAUUAAAUGUGCAAUCUAGAGAUGGUGGACAGAGCUGGACUGGGAUAAAAUUUAGCCAUGAACAUUUUGGUGCAGAUGGCCAUCACUACCAAUCAGAAUCAAUCCAGUCGGCCAUCCAGUCCAGUUUACAUUAUGUAUG